GUCGUGGCGUGGUGACAAGUCUCAAGCCGUCGCGACCCUCCUGCCUCCCCCCUUCGUGUGUCUAUAGUACCUACGGAUGACAGACAACAGCGACACUGCAUCUAUUCCAUUCUCAUUUGUCGUAUCCCUCGUCGAGCACAUAUCGCGUAUUGCACCCCGAAAAGCCAAUGCUCAUGGCCACAAGGGGUCCCCGCACUCAAAGUCCAGUGUCGUGCAGACAUUUUGUAACUGGGUAGCGGAACUACAUCGUCGUUAUGAUCCUCUUCCUCCUGGGACGACUGCUACCGUAUUUCGGCUCCUCUUCCCUGAAGAGGACGCGAAGAGAAAAUAUGACAUGCAAGAAGCAAGGCUUGCUCAAUUAUUAUCCAGUGUCCUUGGCGUGGUGGGAAACGGCGAUUCGCCUGCAGGGAGGCUGGCGAGCUGGAAGGCUGAAAGCGCCAUAGGUUGUUUAGGCCACGAGGUCCGGAAGAUAAGGGACAAGAAUCGACGAGGCCCCGGGCACGACCUGAGCAUCGCAGAAGUCGACAACCUCCUCUCGACUCUAGCCUGCAAAUCCGCGUUUUCUGCAGACAGCAUACGAGAAGACGUGUCAUCUUCAACCGCACUGAAAGACAGAUCACAAGCCGACAUUGUGCACGCCUUGUACAGUCGCCUGUCUUCCUCCGAGGCCUGCGUAGUCACGCAAAUUAUACUGAAGGACCUCCGACCGUUACUGUACCCCCUUCCGGAGGACGAGACACACUACACGGCACUGCUGCUUCAAUAUAAGAGCAACUCCUUGGAGCAGCUGUCCAAGUUUGACGCAAUGCGGGUUUGGGAUCCUAGCGGUCGUAUGCUGGCUGCAUAUCGUGUCCGUGCAUGUCUGGACGAGGCUGCCCUGGCCUUCGAGAAGACUGUGUCCACCGGUGGAGCCGGUAACCCUCCUCUUGCACCUCAGAUUGGCACACCCAUCCAAAUCCCAAAGUGCUCGAAAGGCCAGGGUUGCGCACAGUCCCUCCGUUUGCUGCAUAGCUCGAAGAAAGUAUGGGCAGAGACGAAGUACGAUGGCGAACGGACACAGAUCCACCUCGAUAUUGAAGGAGACCGCCCACGAAUCACUAUCUACAGCAAGAGCGGACGUAACUCGACCUUUGACCGUAUCGCUAUUCACCCACUCAUCCUGGAAGCUAUCGGCUUCGGGACAUUGUGCAAGAUCAAACGCAGUGUUGUCUUAGAGGCUGAAAUGGUUGCUUACUCGGAUACCCUCGACCGCAUUGACGAAUUUUGGCGCAUCCGGAGCCUCAUCGGCAGUACUGCUGUAGGUCCUCGUCACAGUCGUUUUCUCAAGCAGCCCGCUGGCGAGGCCUCCCAAGAUGUUGAUGAAGGUUCGCAGUGCUCCCUGGUUUCCAACGCAUCUGAUGAUGGCAUGCGGCACCUUGCUCUCGUUUUCUUCGACAUUCUCGUUCUCGAUGGCAUGUCUCUCCUCUCUGCUCCAUACUCUGCCCGACGCGCGACCCUUGAGAGACUACUUCAUUUGAAGCCUGGGCACACCAUGCUUGCUGAGCGCGUUGCCAUCGACAUGCGUCCCACAGCUGCACCAGGUGUGCCGGACCCACAAGCACGCUUGCGAAAGGUCUUUGCGGAGAUCAUUGCGAAUCACCAGGAGGGUCUGGUGUUGAAGGCUGACGAGGCACCCUACAACGACUGGAGGAUGCCGUGGGUGAAGCUGAAGAAGGAUUACAUUGAGGGGUACGGGGACACCCUGGACCUCGUGCUGGUGGGCGCUGCGUGGGAGAAGGAACGCGCUCGGGAGCUGAGAGUUGCGCCGACCGCGUACACCACUUUCUACAUCGGAGUCUUAGCGAAUGCCGCUGCUCUGAAGACGAAUCCGAGAUGUACUCCGCACUUCGAAGUGUUCUUCACGGCGUCAUACGGUUUAAGCAGGGAAGAGUUGGAGCAAUUGAACUUCCGCAUCAAAAGCUCCGAUCCUGCACGCUGUGAAUCAGGAAAGGCAGUGCAUGGGCUCCCGUACACCUACCAUAUGUUCAAAGGCCUUCCUUCGCCCGCUGUACUUCUCCCACAGCCUAUCCUCGCAGAGGUUGUGGGCGGUAGCUUUACCAAAGCGACUCAUAGCAAGUUCUAUGAGCUCCGCUUCCCGCGCAUCGUCAAGGUCUUUCGCUCGAGCGAACGCUCAUGGACCGACGGAACCACUAUGGAAGAGUUCCAGCAGAUCGCUCGAGAGUCCGUCGGCCACGAGAGCUCGCACAAGGACGUCGAAGACUGGUGCAACGAGCUCUGGGGCAGGCCGAGCUCGCCAGGCGUGAAGUGUCCACUGAAGCGCCUGCGCACUGAGGCUGAUUGGGCGGAGAAGCUAGAGAAGGCGGACCGCAAAGCUGGGAAGAGGGCCAAGAAGACUGGUGCGGAAUACCGCAUUCGUUCUGAGGUCGUCGGAGAGCAAGAGAAUCCCAGCGGCGCAUCACCGGGCUCUUCGAGAUCGCCACGGCUCAUGAGGGCCUUGGGCUCAGUCACUAACGUGAUGAAGUGGUCUCACGAAGUUGAGCUGCCUCUGCAAAGCGAAUCGCCGGAAAACUCGGGGACCUUCCCAAGUACUCCAGUGUCUCCGCCGCCUACCGGGAAACGCCUGCGUGACACCGGCGGCCAAGACACUGACUCUCCUCCCAGAGUCCAACCCACCGCGACGUCUCACGCGAGCGCCUCCAUAGACUGUUCGGUCAAUCCACACAAUGUUCUACAGCAGACCGCCGCCAACGAUCUCCAGGAUAUGCCCAGUAUCACUGCUCGCACUGGCGCAGAUGCUGCGACGUCGCGUGACAAGGGUGAAGAGAACGAUUCGGCUUCGAAGGACUUCACUACGACACCGCUAGGCCGCUUUCUCCAAGACGCGGUCAUAUGGCUUGCAAAGCCUCGCAGUUCUCCUAGGCCGGCAUGGCGCGUGCCGUCCAAGCUCAUAUUCCCGCCCGGUCAGCAGGUCCAGAGCCUCGAAUCGCUCCUUCAAGCUUGCCGCUGGGGUACUUCCCAGACCGCCUGUGGAUGCGACUGGGCGGAGAAGGGCGUCGUCUUUGUGGACGACACCACCUCAGAGUCUAUGGAGAGAUCGUGGACCGAGUAUCCGCUCAAGACGUUGAUGGAACGCAGGUCAAGUCUCUUACAUGAUUCGGGACUUAUGAUCAGCAAGCCGGUCUGGGUUUUCAGCACGAGAAUACUCAGUUACGACGUACUGAGCAAACCUUGUGCGGACAUCGAAAGCCAGGCCUUGUGUAGGUUCGGCUGAAGUCAGGGCUGCUGUCGGUUAACUUAUCGCUAUGUUAUUCUUUGUACUCGUUAAAUCCAUUUGUGACACGCGCAUGCAGAAUGUCUCAACUC